AGAGGGAGCGAGAAAAAGGUAGUGAAAAAUAAAAGAGAUGGAAAUAGAGUCGCAGCCUCCGGUUCACUUCGUUUUGGUGUAGACCGCUCCCGCUUACCUUACCACCAGAAAGGUGCAAAACAUUCUUUAUUGAAGAGUUAAAACGUUCGUGAACAUUUUUAUUUUAUUUUUUUAUUUUAAUAAAGUGUACUCGUACGUGACAAUUAGGUGUGUUACAUUUAUUGGAUAUUAUUUAUAUGGGGACCAUUUUUUAAUUAACUGGUAAGCCUUUUGUUUCUUUAGCUUUCGUCGAUAUAAAAAACGAAUGUUUUUCGCUCUGGCCUCCACGGUACACCUACCUACCUACCUAAGCUCCGCGUCUAAGAACACAUUUUUCGUUCGACGUGACGUAACUCAUAUUUUAUUAAUUAUAGAGAAAAAAAAACGAAAGUGUUUUUUUAACGCGCUAUUUAAUCGGAAUUUGAUAACAAUUUUCGAAAAUAUGUUUCGUAAAUAAAUUAACCCAACUUAAUGGGAAAUUCGUAAAACAUCGCGUGUUUCGUAUAAUAUUAAGAAAGGAUUUCGAUAAUUGUUGAAAGCACUUAUGUUUAUUUUGAAAAUAUUUUUGACGAAAAAACUAAAAAUCACAUGAUUGUACGAAUCAAGUAUGUAACUGCCAGCGAAAGGAAUUUCCGAUUUGUAGGUGGGGAGCAAUAAAAACUUACUCUUACAUUCCAUAGUGCAACGACAUAUCUAUCUGUUAAUUAAAAUAUGAAUAGUUGUGAAAUAUUUAAUUUUUCUAUCAACUUUAAAAUUUUGGGUAUUCGACAAUAUGUGUAAAAAUAAUCAAUCUAAAUAAGUUUACAGUUGUACCGGAAAGUUUCUCAUUCUUUUUUUUUUUAUUAUUCGCUUCAGUAUGUCAAAGAAAAUCUGGAUCUGAAUAUAAGGUAGUGAAAUUAUGAACACGUUUUAUGUUAUUAAUGAAAAGAGUGUAGUCCAGAUAUCCUAGUAAAAAAUUACAACCGAACAAAUAUUCCAAAGUAUUUUUUUAAUAAUCACCCGUUAAUUUACAAUUAGUAACUUCAAUCUCAUAAUACCAUUAUAGCUUUUAAUCGUACUAUUUUGAAUUUCUCAUGGUAGUUCGUAUAAUUAUUAUUUUACUAUUAUCUAUGAAAUACUUAAUCACUCAACACCGUUGCAAAGUUUGUGCGAAAGUUCAACGUAACUGAAAUACGAACAUUUGAAUAGUACAAUAUAUUCUAUAAAAUGGAAAAACUGAGUUCACAUGGUAGGUAAUUAUGUAUAUAUAACAUUACGCUAUGCAGUUUUUAUUUCUAAUCCAUAUUCGAUUACGAUCACGUCUGUAUAUUAUUGCAGUUUGGAUUUCAAAAAUAAUACGUAUGCUUAUAUAAUAUUUAUUUUAUUUGAUGUUUAUUUCAGUUUUUCGUAUUGACAAUGAAAAGGAAGUUCAAUUAUUGGAAAUUAUCUAGUUCUAAUUGAUCAAUUAUUAUUAAUUCUAAUGAGAUUUUUUUUAUACGAAAAGCAAUGAACUUGUCACAAAAUUCGAUUGUCUGAAUUCGCUGAUCCGAAAAGGACGAAACUAAAUUAAUUUUCGAGAUCGUGUAUCUAAGCUGAGAUACAUUAAAUAUUAACAAAUAAGAACAGUUCAAAUCAAAACAAAAAUCGUUGGCAAUAUUUUACAAUUGAGCAAUGAAUUCCAUACUUUUUUGUUUCGUUAGCCGUUUCCCGGUAUUUUCUUGAUAUAGCAGUAUAUUAACAAUCCAUCGAUUCCACUGAUUAGACAAGAAAUAAAAAAAAAGCAGAAUCAUCACUAGCCAGUCUUGCGGAACUAAUCGUAUAUUGACUCCGUGGUAGACGCACUUGUUGUUUCAUUCAAUAUUUUCAAAUAAUCAAAAUGUUUUUAAUAAUUACAUACAAAGUUGUCUCUCUUUCAUAUCAAACAACUUCCACAUCUAUACAAACAAAUGUUUUUACUACGACUGAAUGUCCUUAGAAAUCAAUAAAUUUCACUUGUGUACAAAUUUCAGCACACGUGUAAGUUAAAAAAUAAACAUGGAUAUUCACAUUUUUUAUAUAUCAGGAAAUAAGUGUAAGCCACUUUGAGUUUCUAGGAGAAUAGGCUAGUUGACAAAGUUUGGGAAUUAGUUUGAAAUUGUAGCUUAGCGUCUAUUUCAGACCCAAAAAUAUAUUAUUUUAAGAAAAACAGGUUUUUUACGUUAGUAUUUUAAAUUUUUGAGAAAGGAAAUUCAAAUUGACCGCGAAAAGGCCAAGACUGUCAUGGCGUCUUGUAUGACUUCCCAUUUCGCUAAACAGCUGUGUUUGUUUCUGACGGUCAAUUGUGUGUUUUAAUAAAUAAUGAAUUCCUCGUAUUAUAAAUAUUGUAUAGUGCCCCAAUGUGAAAAUACAACGAUAAAAACCCCAGAUAAAUUAUUUAUAUAUGUUCCAAACAAUAAAGAAAUACGAAAAAAAAAAAAAAAUUCCACAAAUUAUUUCCGUGAGGAUCAUUUUGUGUUAUGGACGCCGACAGCAGUUAUGGCGGUAGCGAUACUGCACAAGAUUCGCAUUCCUCGUUAGAUAAUUCGCAUAGUUCCCAUAACAUUAGCAAACACGACAAUAACGAAGAUACGGUGACUACGGCAGUACACGUCAUGUCCAAUACUACGGAUGAAAUUCAAACGCCUGUGAACCAUUACUAUCAUAAAAACGAAAUCACGCUCCCUGUCAAUUUAGACGAUACGGAUUUCCAAAAAAAUAACGAUUCAAAAUUACAUUAUUUGGCCACAGCCAAUUUGAACAUCAACGAAUCUUUAGAGCAUCAUAACAAUUUAGACGAAAUGAGUAAAAAUUACAAAAGUCAACAUAACUUGCAAGAAAGUUUUUCAAAAAAAACCAAGCAUUCUCCACCACCGACUGGUAUUGAUAAUCCUGCGUUCGUUGAGGACGUCAAAAGUACUUUCAACAAUGACAUGCCUUACAGUAACGGAUUGACACCCGAUCCUUCGAAAAAGAAUAAUCACGAACCUGUAACGGAAGCCGUUAAUUUAGAAUUAAUAAAUAUGAAGCCCGGAGGAGCAAUUCACAACGGUCUCAAAGGGUAUGAAAGUUCCGGUAUGACGACUAUUCCUUUAAAAAAAGAAGAAGAGGAUAUGCGAAGUCCAUAUGACGAAUAUUUUGUACCGGUAAAUGAACAUAGGAAGUAUAUGAGAGGAGAAAAACUAUAUGUUACAAAAGAUAAUAGAAUAGAAAAAAGUAAAGGUAAAUGCAUUUGCUGGACUAUUUGCAUCGCCCUUGCAACUAUUGCAGUGGUAGUUGGUAUAUUAGCAGCAGCUGGAUUAUUAGGAUCCCAACCGCCAAUGCCACAAGCCAUAGAAGCAAGUGGAAGAAGCUUGGACAAUGAUACACCAAUUAGAAAAGGGGGUAUAAGUUUACCGACUAUUGGUCACAAAUAUCCGCUUACCCCAGAACCUCCAAUAAGUACGGUUAGCUCAAUAAUUCCUUCGACGGAUGAAUCUCAAAUUCACGUUCCUAGACUCAUAGAAUCUGAAUUAAAAAUUGAUAACCUAGAAUUUAACACUGCGUUAUUAGAUAAGGAUAGUUUGGAAUACAAAGCACUUUCUGAAGAAAUAGAAAACCAGAUAAAAGAAGUUCUUUUAUUAAAUAAGGAACUCAGAAAUGGAACUAUGGAUUUUGAUAUUAAAGUUAUGGAAAUACUACCCGGCAGUGUAGUGACAAAAUAUCGUGUAACAUGGAAACCUAAAGAUGAAUAUAAGUCGCUGGAAGAUAACAAUAUGGAUCCAAUUAAUGAAGUGUCUCUGAAUAAAAUACUCAUAGACUACCUAAAAAGACAUAGAGACUUAAUGGGUGAAUUUCACAUACAAGAGAAUUCCAUUAGAUCCCAAAGAGUUCUGGAUCUUUGCAAAGUACAAAAUAAUGGCUGUGAACAUUUCUGUGUUUUCGAUUAUACUAAAUUAAAUUUCGCAUGUCUUUGCCCCGAAGGUCAACGUUUGAGCUCCAAUCAAAAACUCUGUAAAAUCGACAUUAUGUCCAAAACAGUACCAGAUUACAUAAUGUCAAAAUCAAAGGCGGAAUCCACUACUAUACGAGAACUUAUCGGAAAGUCUGAACCUGAAGUAGUACCAGAAUCUGAAACUACUUCAAAAGUAACAACUGAUGCCGUAACCACAUCACCAGAACCAAAGGUAGGGCGUACAUCAAUAUCCGAAUACGUUACAGACGAAAUAUCGGGCUUCAACAUAAAAACAUCCUCAACUAAUCAACCCAGUACGAAGGAUUACUCUAUGGACUUCAAUUUGGCUACUCAAGAUGUUGGGACUUCAAUGGGAGAUUAUAGAGAACCAACAACCGUAAAAUUGCCCUCUUCAAUAUUUUCAGCUAUCCCUGUAGAGUUUCCGACAGAAAAAUAUGUUGAUGAGAUUGAAGUUUCAUCAGAUGAAAAUAAGGAUCGACACACGUUCUAUUUCGAUCCAAUAUUAUCCGGUCCACCAAUAGAAAAGACUACGGAAAUACCCUCAGUACAUGUUACUGAAAACGAUAUUACCUACAUACCAAACUUAACAGUUCAUCCUGUCGAAAAUUGGAAUAAAACUGAAACUGAACACAAAAUGGAAACCAUUAGUACUGAGAAGCCAACAACAGGAUUUGUAGCAGAUGCAGAAUUCAGUUUCGGUAAUGUAUAUACACCACCAGCUGAAGUACAUUUUGAUGUAACUACGAAAAAGAGCAGCAUGUACAUGAUACAAGUAUUGAAACCUCUAAUACACAAAGAAAAAUUCAGGGAACCCAAAAUACAAGAGCUACACAUGUCAUCUACAAACUCAUCCCAGAUGGAAAACAAUAACACGACGAAUCAAUAUAUCGACGACGCUAUGGAUAAUUCCGAACAGAAUCAUGACGAAUACAUGUCUCCUUUUUUACCAGAAUUUGAUAACGAUACUUUCGUGAACUCCCUACAUUCCGAAGAACACUUUGCAGAACAUGAGAAUCAUGAUAACGUUUCGACUAUCAAGUCUCCGUCGGAGGAAACUUCUACAAACAGAUCUGCUAUAGGAGCAGAGGAAAAUAAUUCGGUUGCCGCAGUAUCAAAAAGCAAUAACGAAGAUAAUUUGACUGAUUUAUCACCCUUAAUUGUAGAAGUAACUACUAAGCCUCCAUCUUUAGAAUUAGAUCAAAUUAACACUACGAAUCCUUUUGAUAAUGAUACAUCGGAUGCUACGAAUUUACAAAGGAACGAACAGUUUAUUACUAAAGAUUUGGAAAUAGAACCCAUAAAACCCGAGGUUAUGAUAAUAAUUUCCGAUAAAAAUGAUAUGACAACUGAAAUUGUUACUACUACUGAGAACUCAAACGUAUUUGAUACUACUACUGCCGAAGCUAUCGCUACUACACUCUAUAACAUUAAUGUCGACGAAGAAAAUGUUACUACUGAUAACUCUUACAUCGAAAAUAUAAAUAUAAUAAAAGAGAAUGUUAAUAAUGACGAAGGUGCUAAUUUUUACUAUACAUCGACAAUCAAAACAGAAGCAGAUGAAAGCAACAUUAAUAUAAUGGAACACACCUCAACUACGGAAAUGUAUGAAAGCGUUACAGAAAAUUUCAUAACGACCGAAAAUAUUCAAGAUAAAUCAAAAAAUAUUACAGUAAAUGAAGACAUUAAUAAUACCACCACUACUGAUAACCUUGAAAUCAAUACAACAGAACUAACGACAUAUAAUACGACAAAAGAUAUAGAAUCAACCGACAUCGGUACAAAUAUUUUAACCUCAACAGAAAAUUCAUCUAUUAAUAACACAAAUAAUGAAAAUAUGCUAGAUGGUCUUACUGAAACUACUACAAGUAUAAAUGAAUAUACGACAGAUAUCUCAAUAACUGUAUCAGAUUUGAAAGAACAUACCACAGACGAAACAACCAUGCCGUCAUCACAUAAUAAUGAUAUUGACGAAACGACAAUGGCUUUGGAUAAAAUUGAAUCUGAAACAGUGGCGGCAGCAUCCUUCCCAGAAAAUUCUACAAACAUAAAGAAUUUUAACGAUAUAUCGUCGAGUACUGAAGAUCUCAUCGCUUUAGAGACUACAACCAACACUGAGGGAAGCACUAUUCCCAUAGUAUUGGCGAGUCAAUAUGAAGUAAAUAUUGGAUCGAACGAUGUUACCACUGAAGUUACGGAAACCACAACACCCGUUUCAAAUAAUAUCGAAGCAAAUGAUGAAAAUAAAGAAGAUAAUGAAAUUUCCACUCAAACUAUUCAAAUAACAACGGCGAACUUUAAUAAGGAAUAUCAAGUUAAAGAAAAUGUUCCCGAUAUUACUACAACUGAAAAAUUGUUUGUAACUCACAAAACCACCACCGAAAUAUUGAAGGUGGAAGAAGAUUCGACUGAAAAUUUAAGCAUAAUACCGUUAGGCGAGGAUCAAACAGAAGCAAAUAUAGCAAAGAAAGAAACUGAAAAGAACAUAGAGGUGACACAGAAUGAAAUAAUCAUGUUGACAAAAAACGAAGAGAAGCCUAUCACAGAAAAUUUUCUAUUGCCGAAAGCUUCGCGAUGUUCUCCGGAUCAAUUCCAAUGUUUUAACGGAACAUCCGUGAAAGGUGGAAACUUUUGCAUAUCAAUAGUUGAUAGAUGCGAUUCUGUAUUGGAUUGUACAGACGGUUCGGAUGAGCUUAAUUGUAUAGAGGAAGGAUGUCCAAAUAAUUUCCAGUGUGCAAGUAAAGAAUGCCUAAAAAGACAUCUUGUUUGUGAUGGUAUCUUCAAUUGCCAUGACGGAAGCGAUGAAACUAAUUGUGAUUCCUGGAGUUGUAAUCCAAACGAAAUAUCUUGUGGUAUAUCAAAUCGUUGUAUACCUGUAUCGUGGAAAUGUGAUGGUAGGAAAAAUUGUCCUGAUGGAUCGGACGAAGAAGGAUGUACACAUAUUGGAUCUUGUCCGGCUCAAUCUUUCAGGUGUACAGAAGAAAGCAGUUGCAUGCCGAAUUCCUGGAAAUGCGAUGGUGAAGUUGAUUGUUUAGGAGGAGAAGACGAAUCGUCAUGUCUUUGUACUGAAGAGGAGUUCAAAUGUAGUACAGGUGGGGGAUGUAUAGCCAAUUCGGAUCGUUGUGAUGGUAUUGCCCAAUGCUUGGACAAAUCUGAUGAAUGGGAUUGUCUGAAACUCGACAAAUUGUUUCUCAAUUUAACGGAUAUCAAUGAUAAAGAAAUUUUGCAGCUCCAGAUCAAAAAUAACACCUGGUUUCCUAUAUGUAUGGACUGGACUUUAUGGAACACUACGUUUGCUGAUUUGGUAUGUCAAAAAUUGGGUUAUUCGGCAUCGUCUGCGUUGGAAUCAGUUCCGAAUAACAAAAAUUCAACGUCGCAAAUUAGUUAUGUUUUAUCUAUGAACGAUCGACGGGCGGCUUUAAAUUUCGUGGAAAAUAAUGAUCGAGAUUGUGAUCAAUACGUUUCAAUUAGUUGUCAGGAGUACGUUUGCGGUAAUCCAGCCGGUGUAGAUCCGCUUUCAGCUCGGAUGGUAGCGGGAGAUAAAGCAGAACCGGCUCGAUGGUCUAGUUUGGCAUUAGUCUUUAAUAAAAAACACAACACAUACUGUACUUCAACCCUUGUUACACCACUUUGGGCGGUAACUAGUUAUUCUUGCAUAGCAGGACGUACUUCGCAACCUAUUAAUGAAGAAGAUUGGUUUCUAUAUGCCGGAGGUACGAACAAAGGCGAUGUCUCAAGUCAAGUUAGGAAAUUGAGCGAAAUCGUCAUUCAUCCACAAACAAAAUUUUCCAACUUUGGAUUCAAGAAUGACGUAGUACUGCUUAAGAUGAAAAAACCUGUGAACAUAGAUGUGAACGUGAGUGCGGUAUGUUUGCCGAGUAAUAAAAUAGAACCUCAUCAAUUGUGUGUAGUCGCCGGAUGGGGCGUUGACAAACCAGGAGAACCCGUCAUGCAACAGUACAUGCACUAUUUGCCGGUACCUCUAAUAGAUACCGACGACUGUAAUUCGACAAAACAUUAUAAUGGAAAAAUAACGCCAGAUAAAAUUUGUGCGGGAUAUACGGAUUCCGAUACAACGCAAUGUUUAAGUGAUGAAGGAGCCCCUUUGAUGUGUUUCUCUGACAAAACGAAAACCUGGGAGCUCCAAGGACUUCUAAGUCAUCCCAGCUAUUGCGGUAGUUCUAAUAAACAUCCUGCCAUAUAUACAGCGAUUGACACCACUUUAAGGACAUGGAUGAGCCAUAUUAUUGGUAGACAAGCUCUUGCGACUUCGUAAAUGAGAAAUGAAAAUGUCGAAUGAACGCUUCGUGUAGAGAUGUAAAUAUUUUUAGAAAAAUAGUAUGUUUUUUACUGCAAAUUUUAUUUAUUAUUACAAUCACUAAAUUUUCCUAUUUCACUUGUGAAGUUACAUAAAAGAAAUAUACUAAGAGAUGAUUUUUCCCGUUAUAUAUUGCAAGGAAAUGUAAAUAUCUUUUACAAUAUUAUUUAAACAUUUUCGGAACAUAAAAAUAUUAUGUCGAAUGAUUGAGACUCGAAUAUACAAAAUUAUUAAGUUUAAUGUGAUCUAAAAAUGUUUUGUAAAUAAUAAAAUUUUAUUAUUAUCUUCAUAGCCCUCGGCUUCUGCUCCUUUGUUAUUUUCUGUAAGACUUCUAUGUGAAAUCACCAAUAUCAAUUUUAUAUCAAUGUUCGAGUGAAAAUUUGUUCUGGAUAUUUAUUCUUAUAAUAAUUUUUCACUCUCCAUCACGCAAUUUUUUCAUUAUUUACAAUAAAUAUUUAUAAUUGAUAAGUACUUUCCAAUUUUUCUGAUAAAUAUUAUUUUUCCAGUUUCUCGGUUAAAAAUAUUUGAGAGAAACUAAUAAUUAAUCGUUUUCUCAAAUGUUUUGUGUUUCAAAUGUAUAAGUGCAAUAUUUACAUAAUCCGUAAGAAAUUUUAAUAUAGAUAUAUUUUUCCGUAAUUAUUGAUACAUUUUAUUACGAAUGUUAUAUAAUACGAAAAAAAAAACAAUAACAAAAAAUAAACACAUUUUUUACUUGAUUGGGGAUCAAAACUAUACAAAUAUACAAUGAAAUUUUUUCAAGUCCAUUUAUAGGAGAUUUUAAAACUGGGAUAAGUUGAACUGUCAAAAAUCGAUAGAGAAUGUGCUGAUUGCAAAUUGCCAUUUGUUAAAAACCAAUACGUUUUUUUUUUUUAAAAAAAGUGCUGCUCAAACUUAUUUUUGAUCGAUUUAAUUAUUAUGUUAUAAAAAUCGAUUGUAGGUUGGAAACUAGUCAAAAAUUGUGAGAGAUAUAAACACGAGGUGUGUAAGAUGGUAAAAUCUAAAACUAAAUUUAUUUAUACAGGGUAAUUGGGAAAUGUAAACAUUGGAUCAUUUAGACGAAUCUGGUUUGAUCCAACAUUGCUAUACAGAACCAAUUCAGUGAUAGAUUAUUAACGUAACUCCGUUUCACGAAUAAUACAAAUGUAAUUUUAUAGUUACCAUUGGUAUGUUUAAGUUAAUAAAAUAACUUGUCGAUCAUUAUUCAAUUGUGUUGCGCAGUGUUAAUUUUAUGUCUCAAACACAAUUAAUUCUCAGUUUAUCUAUAAUGUUUGAACUCUAAUAAAUUUGUAAUACACGCAUACAUACAUUUUUCUACAUUGUAAAUCAUCGAUCAAUAAGUUAACUAAAUUUUUAUUUACUUGUGACGUGGUACAUUGUUUUUCGAGUAAAACAAGUUUUUUUAACUGUAAUUGGAAAUGUUUCAAUUUUACCUGUUGUUUGAAAAAUGGAUACUUCAAUAUAAAAACGUGAUUUGUACGAUAACUACUCGCCGUCAGGUCGAGAACUUAUUCAUCGAUGAUAUAUUAUUCCAUUUAAUGUCUUUCUGUUUGUCUAUACACACUUACUAUGUGAAAAUUUAGAGACUUAAUUUACUAUUGAUUAAAAUAUAAAUAAUAUUGCUUAUUAGUAUGAGUAAAUGUAAAUAAAAUGUAUAAUAUUGAGAUUUGCCACAAAAAUGAUGUUAUUUUUCAAUGAGCCAAUAGAUCCAUUAGGUCGCAGUAUAUACGAUACGACUAAAUAAGAUUGAUAAGAAAGAUACUUAUUACAAUAUUGGUUGUUUUUUGUCUCAUUUUUUAAAUGGUUUGUUCCAAAAUUAUAUUUUUGAAUUCUAGUUUGAAAUAUAUAAAAUUUUUUAAAAGAAACGUCCACGAAACAAUAUAUUUUUAAUAUAAAUAUUAAAUUUAACAAAUAUAAUGCCGUCCAAUUAAUAAUGUGAUAUAUGAGAGUAACAUAGUAAAAUGUCGAUCUAAAUAGGAUGUUUAAACUAGUCUUUAUUUACAAUGUAUAAGCUAACAGUAUUCUGUUUUAUUUUCUUAAUCCGUGGCAGUUAGAAUACAUAUAAAUUGACAAAAUUAUUUGUAUGUGUGCCUUUGUAAACUAUAUAUUUACCCAAAUAAAGUUUCUAUUAAAUUUA